AUGGUUGUUCAGUCUCAAGUCAAUGGGUCAACCGCAUUAACCGUAAUAAGAAUAUUAACUUCCACUUAUGGACUUUUAAAAACAUUUGGUAAUAAGCUAUCUGAGGAUGUUAAACCUUUAAAUAAACAGCGUUCAAAUCUUAAUUUAAAACAAUCAAGGAGCGAAAGUUGCGCAGAAUCGAAUUAUGCAAUCGAGAUACCGAAAAUACAAAUUUUACGUAAAAAUUCAACAAGGUUUCUCUUAAACAAAUUCUACCUUCGACGUCCAUUCUUCCAUUAUAAUAAGAAAUGA